CGUUAAACGUCUGCCUUCGGCUCGGGUCAUGAUCCCAGGGUCGUGGGAUGGAGGCCCGCAUCAGGCUCCCUGCUCAGCAGGAAGCCUGCACUUCUCCCUCUCCCACUCCCCCUGCUGGUGUUCCCUCUCUCGCUGUCUCUCUGUCAAGUAAAAUCUUCAAAAAUUAUUUUUUGGUUUUAUCAAAGCAAUAACUGACCAUAGUUUAAUCAAAAGUUCCUUUAAAAGGCUUAAAACAGGGACACCUGGACUGGCUAAGUUGGAAGCCCAUGUGACAUGUGAUCUUGGCGUCAUAAGUUCGAGCCUCCCUUUGGGUGUAGGGAUUGCUAAAAAAACAAAGUCUUAAAAAGAGUUUUUUGUUCCCUUAGCCCCAUCCCAAUGUAUGCAGACACCCACUUUUAAUUUGUAGCGUUUCUUAUGUAUCUCCACAUUUCUAAAUAGUAGUAUUAUCCUGCUAUCUUAAUUCAUCCUUUUAAGAAUCUGGACCUAUAGAUGAAGAUUUUAGUUCAUUUUAGUGCAUUUAUACCCUCUUCCCCUUCCCUUAAAUUCCCCAAGUAGUUUAGUUCAAUCUAGUGGUUGGGAAACUUCUGUAAAGUAGCCAGAUAGUAACUAUUCUAGGCUUUGUGGGUCAUAGAGUCUCUGCAGGGACUUCACAACCCUGCUGUCACGGUGCUAAAGCAGCAUGACAAUGUAACAGGUGGGCAUGGCUAUGUUCCAUUGAACUUCAUUUAUAAGAACUGGUGAAGUAUGCAAUUUACUGAUCAUACUUGCCAUGAUCACCGUGUGCCUUUGUUCACUGCUGAGCCAAGUGGCGUAGCACAUCUUUUUGUACCAUUUCUUGUUCUCGUGGAGGUUGAUUAUGUUUUCAGUUACUCAGAUUGAUUUGUAUCUCUGUCUUCCUCCACUCUGUAACUCUGUGAGAUCCUUCCCAGUACAGUUUCCCGCAGAAUCAGACGCUAUCUUUUCUGUUAUUUGCCCUCCACCCCCAGGGACACCCAUGUGGAACCUGCUGCUUUCCUGCACAGAUGGGGUGGGAAAAGUUUUCUGUCCUGCUUUGGAAGCCCAGCUUUCUGGAUCCUGUGUGUUCUUUUCUUAGAUUAUACAUGCUUGUUUGGGUAGUAUGUUUUCUCUGGUACCAUCCUGAGAAAGAACAUAUGGGAGGUAGGUUUUUUGAAACUUUGAAUGUUGAAAAUGUUUUUAAACUACACAGAAUCGAUAGUUUGGCUGGGUAUAGAAUUAUAGAUUGGAUAUCAUUUUCCUGCUGAAUUUGGAAAGUGUUGCUUCAUUGGCUUCUACCUUCCAAUGUGAUGAGAAGUCCAGUUCCCUUUGUAUGUAACCUUCUCUGGAAGCUUUUAGGAUUGUCUCUAUUUCAGGUGGUUUGUCAUUCGUUGGGCUGGGCACUUGAUGGAUUGGUUUCAUUCUGGAUACCUGUUUCUUCAUUAAAUCUACUGGUUUUUGAAACAUGUCAGCUGUUAUUUUUAAUUUCCCUUCUUUGAUUAUUGCAUUUUGUUCUCUUUUCAUAGAUUUAAUCUCUAAGGGAAAUUUAAUUUUUUUUUUUACAUUUUCUUCUGUUCCUUGUAUCUAAUUCCCUUUUAGAUUCCCGCUUUAGGUUAGUUUUUACCUUUUAAAAAAUAAUUUUAAAGGCUUUCCUCAAAUGUUGGGUGACUUUGGCAGGUCUGAUAUUCAAGAAUGAGACCCUAGAAAGCUUCUUGGAAUCAAUCCAGUGGUCACCUAAGAUGUGUGGGAUGAAGGGAGAUGAGACACUGCUUUCUCCUGUGCUGAGUUGGCCGUGGUGCUUCUGAAUGAGAGGGCCUUAUGCGGAAGUGGGGCUUGAAGAGCAUUCUAGAGAAGGGUGAAAGAUGAGAUGAAAUACCCUAUUGCAGGCUGACCGUAAGUCAGGGCUAGGUUAGGGAGGAGUUCCAUAGUUAGAAAUCAAAGACAGAUUUUGAUGUGGGCACUGCUGUUUCCUUCCAUAAAGUGUUUAAUCUAAAACAUGCCUCUUUCCAAAAGAUAUUUGAGGUAGACAGCAGUGAAGGAAUUCUUUUUUUUUUUCUAAAGAAUUUAUUUAUUUAUUUGACAGAGACAGCGAGAAAGGGAACACAAACAGGGGGAGUGGGAGAGGGAGAAGCAGGCUUCCCGCCUAGCAGGGAGCCCGAUGUGGGGCUCUAUCCCAGGACCCUGGGAUCACGACCUGAGCCGAAGGCAGACGCUUACGACUGAGCCACCCAGGUGCCCUGUGAAGGAGUUCUAAGUAGUCAAGAAUGAGCCAAAAAAAAGGAACAGGGAAGAGUAGGAAAAAACUCCUCUGUUGUCAUUAGGCCAAAAAUUGUGAGUGAGGGUCAUGGUCGGCUCUGUGUGUCCAAACAAGAAGGAAGGAGGGAAAAAGGACAAGGUCAGGAUGAGUGAACUAGAGGCUGUUUCCACUUCCUUGCGUGAGGAAGUAUCUAAAUAUUUCAAGAACUGUUUCCCAGGAGACCUUCUACAAGGGCGUUUGCUAAGUUGUAUACCAAACGGACAGGGAACUUUGAAAUGGCCCCUUCCUCAAACCUGGUAAAAGCCAGGGCGUGUCAUUGAAGUCUCAGGUACGCCACAAAAUGUUGCCGUUGGUGAUUCUGAGGUACCGCCCCUGCUUCUGUGGGCCACCUGUAGGUGUUGUGCACAUCCAGAGUCUGAGUGAGAAUGUGUGGACACGUGUGAGACCUACGCUUGAAUGGCCCAGGCACCCGACUGACUCUGCCCAUCUCCUUGGCACAGGCCGGCCUUGGCCCUCCUACAGCCCUGGGAGGCGGGGGCGGGGGGGGUACCCUUCAACAUAGGGAUUCUGGAGGACAACUCAGCCCAUAACGGGGUACACAGGGGUGUGCCACGUGCAGCCUUAGGUGGCCACAGGAGUCCCAGGCAGCCCUCCGUCUGUCGGUGUUCACACCACAGGCUCUGCAGGCUUGGCCUCAUGGCCUCGCGUCGGCCCCUCUCUCCUCGGGGCAGGAAGCCCAGCACCCCCUCAACCUGGAACCUGCAGGAGCCUCGCCCUGAAGAAAGCGGUCACUGAAGAGGGCGGUCCCCUAGCAGCUGGCUGGAGGAGGGUGGCCAGCAGAGGGCAGCGUGCGCAGGCUCCCUGGGAGAGCAGGUGGCCACGUGCCCUAGACGGCAUCUGCAUCCCACCAGCUGAGAGCUGGCCUCUAUGCUGGAGAAACCAGAUAGAGGAAAGGGUCUGAUUUCUUGGGAAAGGUGGGGAGCGGGGCAGGUGUUGGCAUCAGUGUAGGAGGCUGGCCCACUCUCUGGGCCGGGGCUGUCUUUCUCAGCAUGAGGCAGAGAUGCUGGAAGUCUUACCAGUCACCACCCGGCCAUAACGAACCCCCUGUCCUGGGCACUUGGCUUUCUGGGAAGAGAGUCUGCAGUUCUCCUUCCGCCUGCACUGGUCUCUGCAAAUGCCGCUGACCGGUGAGUUUAGGAAAUGUUGUCACCAAACGGUUUUGGUGUUAGCCUAUUUCAUGGUCAGCCCUUCUUUCUGGCCACAGGUGACAAAGCUGAUCGCCACCUGCAAGUGUCCCUGAUGUGAGAUCAGGGCCAGCACCAAGGGGAUGUCACCAUUGGCUUCUCUGUGGCAGGUGGGUGUGCGUCCAGUCCUGGGUUUGUUGACGGUGCAUGAAUGUGGCCCCUGACUUCUGGGAUCCUUGAGUCCUGCGGAGGGACCAGGCAAUAGGCUCCACGCCCAACAUGAGGGUCAGACUCAGACCCUGAGAUCCAGAGCUGUGCACUCCGCAGACUGAGCCCGCCAGGUGCCCCAGGGAGAUGCCUGUUUUACCGCCCGCCACAUCUUGGUUUGGACUCGCCACCUUCAGCUGCUCAACAGCCACCAUCUGGACUGCACGUGUGGAAGUGGAGACAGAAGUCCUAGUGCCGAGAGCCAGCUGAUGACGUGGAGGACUGGGAGGUGCCAGGCUCAGCGCCCAGAGGCUUAACUGUGUGAACUCAUUGGCUCCCCUCAAUCCUUUGAGGGAGAGUCGGUAAUAGCCCCACUUUACAGGUGAAGAAACUGAGACGCAGGGGCUUGGGAGCCUUGUUGUGGGUCACAGAGCUGGGAGGGAGGGAGCCAGGGCUCUGGCUAGAGGGGACAGACGCCUCCUCUCUCAUUCCAGUGUCGGAGGGUUUUAUGCCCCCAACCCCAGCCCCUCAUGGGCUCAAACCAGGCUUCUACCGGGCCCCAGGGAGCCUUCCUGCUGAGCAGGCGGAGCGGCCAUGGUGGGCAGCUGCUGGGAGCAAGGGGUGUAGGGGAGGCUGUUCACGUGAGGGCCAGGGCGCUGGGCGGGAUGGCAGCAGGGCCUGAGCCUGCUGAGUUGCCCCUGACGGUUUGCGAAAGCCCCCAGCCCGGGAGAGGCUUCCGUGCCAGAUAGCCAACGAGAGGCGCCCACGGCUGUUCCAGCUGGUGCCUCACCCCCGCAUGGCCCUGCGAUUUGUCCCAGGCUCUCCCCAGUGCCCCCAUUUCUCCCUAUUCAGUGCCCACCGUGGUGCCUGAAUCCAUGGCCACUCUCUCUAAGAUUCACGGCCCAGGGAAAUGGGCUCUACUUCCCGGUGGCAGGCCUGCAGGGAAGCUGUGGCCAUUUUUAAUCUACCGUGUAAGUAACUCAAAAUGACUUCAGUCUUGCUUAGUGAGAAGCAGCCCAGCUCCCCUUGAUGUCUGCAAAGGUGUCGCCUCCUGGUCACUCUCUGCUGUCCCACUGUGGUAUAGCAUGCAUGGCCCUCAUCCUCAGCCCAGGUCCCUGCACAGCCCCCUCCUCCCACCCCCAACCCCCUUCUCAUCUUCCCCACCCCCUGGGACUCACCCCUGCGUACUUAGUUUCAGUAAAUACUACCAUGGGCACAUCUCAUUCUACUUGCUAUUUUUUACCAUCAGCAUUAGUUUCAGGUCUCUCCAUCUUGAUUUUUGUAGAUCUUAGCUCAUUUUAAGUGCUCUAUUGGAUUCCUUUAUAAAUCGUCUCCUAUAUCACAUUUCAGUCUUUAAUUACACAUUGGUGGCACUUAGGCUGCUCCCAAGGCUUUGCAAACGUGUAAGAAAGUUCCUCUGAAAUUGUGGAUCAUGGAGGGCCACCAUACCCAGUCACUGUUCAUCCCCAGCGGCUCCCCCAAAUGACCCAAAGGUGGUGCUGGUAGCAGGGCGCAAGGAUUCCUGUUCACCCACAUCAUUGCUUAUAUCUGAUGCCAACCAAUCGUCUUCCUGUUGGCUGCUCUCGUUGACGGAAAAUGCAGACUGUCUCUUCAGACUCCUCCUGGGCAUUCACGGUCUCCCCACUGAGCAAUGCCCCAUCAGACCCUUUGCCCUUUGAUGUUUGGUCUUUCUCAUGAUGGCCCCUGGAUUUCCCAUAUAGUCUAGUUACUAAUCAUCAGAUUACAAAGAUUGCAAAGGUUUUUUCCUAUUCUGUCACCCAUUUGUAACAUUUGUCCAUGGUGUCUUUUUGUUCCAAGUGGAUUUUUUUUUUAAGUUUAUUUGUUUCACACAGAGAGAGAGAUUGAACACAAGUGUGGGGGAGGAGCAGAGGGAGGGAGAAGCAGACUCCCCGCUGAGUAGGGAUCGCAAUUCGGGGCUCGAUCCCAGGACCCCGAGAUCACGACCCAAGCUGAAGACACAUGCUUCACCGACUGAGCCAUCCAGGCGCCCCCCAAGUGGAUUUUUAAGAGAGAUAAUUACAUACGAUAAAAUGCAUAGAUCUUAAGUGUUCCAUCCAGUGAGUUUUGACUGAUGUCUACGCUCAGGUAUAGUUUGCAAGUGCCAUCUUCAAUACCGGGGAACCAAUCAUGCCUCCAUUUUUCUGCAUUAGGAAUUAGUAUUUUAUUAACCUUUUACUGAUCCGAUUUUGGCUCCUGCAUAACAUUUUUUGUGUGAGGGACGAAGUGCGCUGCCCGACUCGCGUCCGCCGCGGCUCGGGGCCGGCGCUCGGGCGCCCCCUGCCGCCCAUUGUGACGUCGGCCGCCGGCCAGAUCCCCGAGGCGGGCAGCGGCGGCGGGACCGAGCCCCUGGAGCCAUGGCCGAGACGCAGGAGCUGCUGCUGCAGCUGCAGAAGGACAACCGCGACGGCCGACUACGGAAGCAGGAGCUGGAGGAGCUGGUGCGCGGGCUCGAGGCCGAGAGCGAGAGCCUCACCGGGCGCCUGCAGGACCUGCGCGAGCGCGAGCGCAGCCUGCAGCGGAAGCGAAGCCAGGUGGCACGGAGCCUGCGCGGGGAGGCGCGCGAGGCGGCGCGGGAGCGCGUGGAGCGAGCGCGCGGGCUGCUGGAAGCGGCGGAGCAGCACCAGCAGGACUUGAAGCAACACAACCGACAGCUGCAGGAGCAGUGGGAAGAGCUGUCGAGUCAGCUCUUCUACUACGGAGGGGAACAACUGAGUCAGCAGCGCACCGAGCAGCAACUCGGGACCCAACUGAUGGCGUUGCAGAAACAACUGGAGCUGGUGGAGGCCAAGCACGCCAAGCAGGCGGAGAGCCUGCGGCAGGGCGCGCAGCGGACGGAGGAGGCCUGGGCCAGCUUUCAGGAGCAGAGCGGAGUCCUGCAGGAGCUGCAGGGAAAGGUGACGGAGGCGGCGGCUGCGCUGGACGCCUCGCGGGGCGGCCUGGAGCUGUGCGACUCCCAGCCUCGCCGGGAGCAGGACUGCGCGGGCUCGCUCAUGGAGGAGGUGGCCAAGGCCGACUGGACCCGGAACUCGUGGCGCCCCCGCCCCGGAGCUGAGCUAGACGCCGUUCCCUCCCUCCGCAGGAGAGGCGGCUUUUCACCGGCACUGGCAGGGCGGGCAUCAGGUGAGCAUGGUGGCAGGCGGCGGGCGCGCUGGGCUCGGGUCCAUCCCACGACUUACCCGCCACCUCCCCGCCGCCUGUCCGUCGGUCCUUGGGUCUGCAGGCUGUGGGUGCUGGGCGCGCUGCAGACGCUGCUCUUGCUCCCGCUCGGCGUCCUGGCGCUGCCGCUGCUCUACCUGACGCUCAUGAACCCCUUCGCCCUCCGCCGGGGACUCCCGCACUUUGUCUCGGACGCUGCCUUCCGCCGCCUGCGCUACACGCUGUCCCCGCUGCUCGAGCUGCGCGCGCGCGGCCUGCUGCCCGCCUAGCGCGCAUCACGCCGGCCGCGGCCGCCUGCACCUCUGUCUCCCGUGUGGUUUCUGGGCGCCUGGGUGGAGGCCGAGGGGGGACUCUCGGGGGUGGGUCAUGUGUCCCUUGGCCCAGCGGCCCUGGCACCUCGGGCUCAGUGGGUGCAGGGCUUUCCGGGCGGUUCUUGGAUUUGGAGAGGCUGCUCUGGGCGCCCGGUGGCGGAGCCCGCGACUCGGGCCUGAGCAGGGCGCGCCCUCGUCCGGCACCCGCGCCUUGGGGGGGGGGGCUCGCACCAAGGGUUUCCCGGGAGCCCUCCUAGGAGCCCCUUUCCUACAGUCCCUGCUGACGCACCAGAGCCAACUUGGAAGUUGGCCAGUAUCUUUUUGCUAAAUUUGCUUUUUCUGUGCUAGUGAGCCUUGGGGGCAGAGGAGCAGUCGGGGCAGGCCUUCUCCGUGGAGGUCCGUGGUUCCCCUGGCCCGGCUGCGUGGGGGUUGAGAUCCCCGCAGCAUCCUUUGGUUUUCUCGGGGCGGGUUGUUCGGGGCGCCGGCCUGGGCAUUCCUCUCCUGUGGUCCCCUUGCGGGGCGUGCCAGCUUUGCUGGCUGUGCGCGCUCACCACGGCGGUCUUCGUGGGGAAUCGGCUUUUUAUUUAGGUGAAGUGUUCUGCUUGGUGAAAAUGAUGAACCUUGAGUUUUUUUGUCUAAUACAGAUACUGUCCUACUUUUAUUCUUUACGUUUUUUGGUAGUGAAAUUGUUCUGUGUUGUGUCCUUUUUGCGGGUGCGCGUGCACACACAUCCACACCCAUCGACCCUCCCCCCACACACAGGUUUUUGCUGUGGUCUCCGAACAAUCGUUUUCUUAUUGAUGUGUAGGUACUUUUUCUUUUAGUCCUUUUGGGGUUAAAUUUGUUUAUGUAAUCCUGUGUAUAUAUUUCAUCAAAUUUAGGAAUCGUGUGCUGUGUCCUAAAAAAAAAAAAUCCAUUCUUGUCUAGGAGUCGUAAUAUUCUCAUACGUUAAAUACUUUUAUUUUUAUUUAGUUUUUUUUAGAUUUUUUAUUUUUUUUAAGAUUUUAUUUGUUUGACAGAGUAGACACAGCGAGAGAGGGAACACAAGCAGGGGGAGUGGGAGAGGGAGAAGCAGGCUUCCUGCCGACCAGCGAGCCCGAUGCGGGGCUCGAUCCCAGGACUCUGGGAUCAUGACCUGAGCUGAAGGCAGACGCUCAACAGCUGAGCCACCUAGGCACCCUUAUUUAUUUAUUUAUUUUUAAAGAUUUUAUUUAUUUAUUUGACAGAGAGACAGCGAGAGAGGGAACACAAGCAGGGGGAGUGGGAGAGGGAGAAGCAGGCCUCCCGUGGAGCAGGGAGCCCAUUGGCGGGGCUCGAUCCCAGGACCCUGGGAUCAUGACCUGAGCCGAAGGCACACGCUUAACCGACUGAGCCACUCAGGCGCCCCCAUUAAAUAUCUUUAAUUGGUGUAUUUUGUUUAUACAUUCAUUAUAACAUUUUGUUGCUAACCAUUUUAUUGAUUCAUGCAUAGAUGGGCAUUUGGGUUAUUUCCACCUUUUGGCUGUGGUGAAUAAUGCUU